AUGUUCCUGUUCCCUCGCUUCGGUGUCAUCUUCGGUCCGACCUUCUACCAGCUCGAGGCGGACAGCGUCAAGCGCAUCAACUCGCACAUCGGUCUCAUCUACAACAGUAUGGAUUUCAUCGGUGUCAUCAACCUCAUGACGGUGCUGGAAGUCACGUGUGCCGAGCGCGCCGUGUUCUACCGCGAACACAUGUCGAACUACUACGGUCCGCUGUCCUACAGUCUGUCGCUGUGGUUCGCUGAGGUGCCGUACCUGAUCUUCGUGAUCGUGCUGUUCGUGACAAUCGAGUACUGGCUGGUGGUGAACGUGGCUGUCGGCGCGCUGUCGUGUCUGUUCAACUUGUUCUCGGGCUACCUGCUGCCGCGUCCGGCUAUGAUGGCUGGCUACAAGUGGUUCACUUGCCUGAUGCCGUCGAGCUACUCGCUUGCGGCGCUGGUGGGCGUUCAGUUCGGUGAGGCGCAGGACGUAAUCUCCGUCACGGACGGUGGUGUCACGACGGAGAUGACGGUGGCGCAGUACAUCGAGGACACGUACGACUUCCGACCGAACCGCAAAUACAACUUCAUGGUUGGUCUCAUGGUGAUCUGGGCCGUGCUGCAGAUGGCCAUCUACCUCACGUUCAACGAGAUAGUUCCGCGCGUGGUCAUCAGUGUACACACCGAACGCCCUCCUGAUCAAACGCAGCGCAAACGUGCGAGACUGGCGAAUGUCUUUGCCGAUGACGCCCCUCGUUGCUUCCCAGCAGAUUUCAUGUUUGGGUCGGCCACCGCCUCGUACCAAGUUGAAGGCGCGUGGAACGAAGGCGGUCGCACUCCAAGUAUCUGGGACGAUUUCUGCCGCACGCACCACAGGACGAAAGUGGUGUGUGCCAACGUCGCUGACGCCUUUUACCAUCGCUACCGAGACAACGUCAAGCUCAUGGUCGACACUGGCUUGCAGUCCUCGCGCUUCUCCGUCUCGUGGUCAAGAGCCAUGAACUGGAAUCCAGAGACCAAACGUAUGCAGCUAAACCCUCAGGGCCUUGCGUUCUACCACGCUCUUGUCGACGAGCUCAUCGCCAACAACAUCGUACCGAUCUUGACGCUCGGUGCAGGAGCUCCAGGGCUGAAAAAGUCCGACACUUUUGCAUACAUUGUGGCUCACAACGUGCAUGCAGCUGUUGUCAAAGCGUUCCGAGACUUAAAGGCGAGCUCACCACCCGUUCUCGACCAAAAGGCUCGUAUCGGCAUCACAUUGAACUCAGAUGCUGCCUAUUCGCUCGACGAGAGAAACCCGUUGGACGUCGCCUGCAGCGGGAAGGAAGAUGCAGUUCGAACUGUACUGGUUCCUCUCACCUCUGGUUACUGGAGACUAUCCGGCAAUCAUGCGGGAACUAGUGGGCGAUCGCUUGCCGAGAUUCACAACCGAGGAGACGGCGCUAUUGAAGGGAUCGUACAGCAGCAGGCGCUUUCAUCCUCGUCAUGGAGACCCACCCAGCCCGUGCCAACCACCAAAUAUGGACGCUUCUUCUUGUUCCACUCUGGAGUCGUCGAUGCCACUUCCUCCUUCAUAAGAGACGAGUCGUAUAGAUGGAUACAUGAGCUUCACACUGAGCACCACCUCGUAGGGCUCAAAGUGGACACGGCACACUUCACGACGUCCCCACUCUCCGAACUGGAGGCGCUACAUGUGCCCAAGCUGCGACUAGUUUUUAUCAAGGAGCACAGACAGGGAGCCAUCUCCAUGGUCUCGCAGCUCGGCCUGUUCGUGUUGGCCGCCGUGGGCUCCAAGCUCAUCGUUUACGAGUUUAAGUCAAAGCAGCUGAUCGGCUGCGUGCUCUACGACAGCGCAGAUACCAACGCAAAGCGAAGAUAUGGCAGACCGGACAAGAAGGAAGAAGUGCUUCCUGGACGCCUUCGUGCUGUGCCGCUUUUUGCAACUUGCUAUGUGGCGCAGAAGGAGCUUGCACGCUGCAAUCGGUACCACGCCCGAGGUGGUCAUCACAACCUGCUCACGCCACGUCGACAUUCCUGUAGUUGA